GGUCGCCGGUUUAGGGGCAGUGUCUGAGAGGUUCAAUAAUCCAAAAAGCGCAAUUACUAGCAAAUACUGCGAAAAUGGACGAAGUAUAUGACGUUAUCGUAUUAGGGACAGGUCUGAAGGAAUGCAUCCUCAGUGGAUUGAUGUCCAGAGAUUCGAAAAAGGUGCUGCACAUGGACAGGAACAAAUAUUAUGGAGGUGAAAGUGCGUCUCUGACACCUAUUAACCAGCUGUUUGAACACUUCAAUAUGCCUGCACCAGCUGAUGACAAGUAUGGUCGACCACGGGACUGGAAUGUUGACCUUAUCCCAAAGUUUCUUAUGGCAAAUGGAAAGCUUGUCCAGCUGCUGGUGUAUACUGGUGUAACCAGAUAUCUGGAGUUCAAAAGCUUGGAUGGCAGUUACGUUAGGAAGAAUGAUGGCAAGCUAGCCAAAGUACCUGCUGAUGAGAGAGAGGCUCUGGCUUCUUCACUAAUGGGACUCUUUGAAAAGCGUCGUUUCAAGUCGAUGCUUGUAUAUGCCCAGGAAAUGGAUCUAAGUGACAAAGAAAAUGAAACGGAUGACAGUCUUCAAAAACAAAAAAAGGAUGAGAGUCUUCAAAAAAAAAAAAAGGAACUUGAUCAGAUGACUGCCAUGGACUUUUAUAAGCGUUUUAAUGUUGACAGAAACACAAUGGAUUUUACUGGGCAUGCCAUUGCUCUUUAUCUCAAUGACGAUUAUCUGGAAAGAAAUUGCAAGGAAUUGAUCAAAAGAAUUCAGCUGUACUCCCAGUCUCUGGCCAGAUAUGGCAAGUCUCCUUAUUUGUACCCUCUCUAUGGACUGGGAGAACUACCACAAGGAUUUGCAAGAUUAAGUGCUAUUUACGGUGGAACCUACAUGCUUGACAAGACAGUUGAUGAGAUAUUGUAUGGGGACGAUGGAAAGGUUGUAGGUGUCAAAUCUGGGGAGGAGACAGUGAAGGCCAAGAUGGUAAUAUGUGACCCAUCAUAUGUACCAGAUAAAGUCAAGAAGACUGGUAGAGUGGUGAGAGCUAUUUGUAUUCUGAAGAAUAAGCUGGAAGGAGUAAACAACAGCCAGUCACUCCAGAUUAUUAUUCCACAGAACCAGAUUGGCAGGAAAAAUGAUAUCUACAUCUGCGUGCUGUCCAAUCAGCAGUGUGUGACAGCAAAGGAUUACUAUCUAGGUAUUGUCAGUACCACAGUUGAGACCGAUAAUCCAGAAGCAGAACUGCAGAUUGGUAUCGACAUACUUAACGGCAAAGACAAAACCAACAUUCAAGAAAAAUUUAUUGCUGUAGCAGACUUGCUGGAACCAAUUGAUGAUGGAACAGCUAGUAAUCUAUUUAUAUCAACAUCAUAUGAUUCCACUUCACAUUUCCAAACAACUUGUGAAGAUGUCCUUGACAUUUACAAGAGAGCAACUGGUGAAGUAUUCGAAUUCAAAAACAUGCCACACAUGGGUAACCAAGAGGCGGAAGGAGAGCAGUAACAUGAGACUCUUAGUGCUUUUGACUGUCCGUGAUCAUAAACGUUGUUGUUAUCAUAGUGUGAGACUGUUUCCGAGAUGGUUGUUCGACAAACACACUGCAGGACUUUUUUCCCAUAAUUUCUUCUUCAGAUUGAGGAAUGCAGUUUUAGACUAUAAUGACUUGUAGUCCUUGGAAUGGGUUGAUGCCAUGACUUCGACUAAGAGAAAUGUAGAGAGAUCUCCUUUUUUUGGUGUCAGAAAAAUUGUAAUAUGAUUAUAUGGAAGUCAUAAGUGGAAUACUUUCACUUUUAAUCAUGUGUUUUUCACAGAAGGUAUAAUCGUGGAAAAAGUAGAGAAAACUGCGAGAAGUCUAUAUCUUUUACAUUAUUUACGGUAUUAUGCAUCAUGUAAUGAAAUAUACUUGUGUAACAUCAGCCUGAAUCAUUUUGUUUUCAGCAUUACAAUGUUUUCCUGCGGUAUCUAUGGUGCAUGUUUUAAGUAAAAUGUGUAGUAUUUCUUCAAAAAAUGAUCAUUCAAAUUGACACAGUCACAAAGAGAGACGUUGCCAGUUAGGGCCAAAAGAGCUUAUGUGCACAAUCUGAUCUGCUUCACUUUGCCAUAUAAACAAUAUUGUCUUUGAACAAGACUGCUAUUUACAUUAAAAUUGAUUAAGAGUUGAUUUAGUUAUUUAAAGCUAGCAAUGUACAAUUAAUGGCAUUCAGUAUUGCUCUAAUUCUGUUGGGGAAACUGCUUCAAGAUUUUUUUAUAUACGCCCGUUGAAAGACGGGACAGCCAUAUUAUGUUUUCACAUGGGCGGCGCACAUAGGUUUCCGUUCGAUAACUUGAAUAAUUUUUUACAGAUUAAUUUGAAACUUUACAUGAAGGUUUAUUACCAUAAAAGCCAGGUCAAGUUUGAUAACCAAAAUUUUUCGCCCAUUAUUUACAGAGUUAUGGCCCUUGGUACAUUUGCAAAAUAGGUUUCCCCUCAGUAACUUGAGUAAUUUUUCAUUUAUUAAUUUGAUACUUCAUAUGACGGUUUAUUACAAAAAUAGUUUUGGAUGGGCGUACAUUGUUCCGCCUUGUGGUACUCGCUUGAAUUUAUUCUGAAGAUUCCUGUUCUUUGAUGUCACUCUACUGUGAAAUGCUCAACAAUGUUUGAUUUACAACCCACAUGCAAUCAGUAUGAAAAAAAAAUAAAAAAUAAAAAAAAAAAAAAGAGCAAAUAAUCUGUCUUUGUCCUGAAAAACACUAAAUCAGCAAACAAGCUUUAAAGGACAAUUACUAAAUAAGUUAAUUUGAAUGUUAUCAAUAUUAAUAUUAAGGUAUUUCAUCAUUAAUUCUGGAUUGGUAGUACAUUCUGCUACCAGGUUUAAGUAGAAAUAGACUAUUUGCUGCUACACAGCUGUGUUAGGUAUCUGUUCAACAUCAUGACCAACAAUCUAGUGACAGUUGUAUAUAUAUAUGUAUAUAUGUAACAUACAGAUGUAGUCUCCACAUAGACUUUGAUGAGACUUCCCACGCCUGGUCUGCAUUUCUCGAUAAAAGUUAUUGCUAA